GUCAACUAGUUCUAUGUUAUUGCCGGACUUUGAUCCCAAUUGGCAAUUGGCAUCUACCAUCGAAUACAAUGUCUGCAAGCACAGAACAAGAAGAUGCUCUUGUAACGUCCACUGAUCCUCUACAUCCUGCAAAUCUUAUAUCAGAACUAUGCGCAUCCUUCUACAGAUUGGGAUGGGUGACCGGUACUGGUGGGGGUAUCUGUAUUCGUACUCACGAUAAAGUGUACAUCGCCCCCUCAGGCGUACAGAAAGAGCGCAUCGAGCCUUCACAUAUAUUCGUCCUGCCUUAUCCACAGGCAGAGCCAUCUCCACAUACCGAUAGGAUUUUCCUCCGUCGCCCCAAGUUGAACUUGAAAGAAUCUGCAUGCACCCCGCUUUUCUGGAAUGCUUUUACGAUUCGUAAUGCUAGCUCGUGUAUACACACUCAUUCUCAGAACGCGGUGAUGGCAACACUACUUUGGGAGAAAGAGAAGAUGUUCAGAAUUUCUCAUCAAAAGAUGAUCAAGGGCGUCCGGAUUGGUGGAAAUGGCCCAACCCUUUCAUAUCUCGAUACCCUCGAGGUCCCAAUCAUCGAUAAUACGCCUAACGAAGAAGACCUUAAGGACAGCAUGAAAGAAGCCAUGGAGAAGUAUCCCAGGGCCGCUGGUAUUCUCGUUUUGCGGCAUGGUAUCUAUGUGUGGGGUGACGACUGGCAGAAAGCAAAAACCCAGACAGAGUGUCUUGAUUACUUGUUGGAAAUAGGAGUCAAAAUGAAGUUAGCUGGUUUACCGACGGUGCUCAAUAUAUGAGCGCUGCGUGCUCGACCUGUGCUCUGUCUUGCGUACAUACCCAAAACGAGACUGCGGAAUAUGAGUGUAACACCUCCGUUUCUGCUAGCGUGGCCAUGUGUUUCGAUAACUCGUGUUGAUAUGCCCAUUUGCAUUGACGUCACUACUGGUGGGUGCAGGACACACAGAUGAUCCUGAGGAAAUGCAGUUUUAUUAUAUUUGGGUUGAUUUCGUUUAACAACCUUUUGACUGCAUCGCACGCACGAGAAGCAUGGCUCGAUUACAUAGAUCCUUGCAUUUCCCGGAAUCAUAGUGUCGUGAACAAGUUUUUCAUUCAGGGCGGCUGCUGACGACGUACACAAUUUUUCACGUAAACAUCUGGAUGCAAUGUGCGAUCGUUCCUCCAAUCACGCGUGGCAC